AUGUCUUCCAGAAAGCGUAAGUGGACCAAGGAUUUAAAGUGUGUGUACUUCCCGGAUGAUAUUGAACGCGGUGUGAGAGAAGUGAGAAAACCAUCCACACUUUCGUCAGCCUCUUCAGGCAGGAGCUGGGAGAAAUGCGGAGAGAGUUUUUUGGACUCUUCGCUCAUGAAGGAUGUGAAGACUACAGGAAGAAAACUGUCUUUUGUAAGAAAUUUGGCCCAUUCGCCAGCCUCAGACCGCCGAAAUGAGGACCCGGUGGACAUUGCAUGGAGCUCCUCUAGUGACAGUGAACAGUCAGAAAAGGAUGACGCCCAACAGCAGCGACAUCACCGGCCUCUGAUUGAGAAGAGACCCCCGGUGACCACUCAGUCAUACCCCAAAGCACUUCAUACACUUAGCUCUGAUGAAGAUGACAUGGCUGUCAUAGAAACAGAUGGGUCGGAGCAGGACAUAGAAAGAGACAGCGAUCAGCAAAUCUCUGACUGUGAGUCGCCAUCCUGGGAUGAGGAACUCAAAGAAAUACCCGCUGAGCCUAUAGAUUUGGACAUCUCAGGCUUCGCAUCUGAUGGAGAGGCUGGUAACCUACUGACCACUGGCAGACUAAACAGUAAAAAUCUUCAAGGCAGCAGUGACGGAGGUAACAAAAGGUCUGUCAGUGAAUGGGUCCGAAGUGCCCAUGCCAUGCUACGGACACCUAAGAAACCACUUGACCGGCAGUCCAAGACCCCAGAAGACUCGGCAAAAAAAAAAAGGAAAUUUCAAACUGGAGGUCUUGCGGAGCGGCUGAAUCGACUCCAUUGCAGGCAAAGGUCAGCUGUGAGCUUCUGGAGGCACUGCUCCACCUCCAACAACCGGACAGAAAUCGAAGCAGACAGGCCUGGUGUGCUGGUGUUGGAGGUGCUAGAAGUUCAGGAGGAGUGUGGCGCGCAACUGGUGCGCUGCCAGCACCGCCUGCCACCUGGUCACACCAACCCCCUCCUCAGAGAAAGCGCUCAUGUAUUAGUGAUGCUCUGCAGGGAGACUGCAGCCCAACUCGGCCCGCAGCCUGCAGACAUCAUCCACAUAUCCCCACCCUGGCAACGUCUCUCCAUAGAGAGCCUAGGCUGUGAUAUUAUUCUCAACACGCACUUCAGCAGGAAAGUUAAAGCCGCUUCAGAAGUAGCCAAUGUGCCACCAAGUGUUUCUGUGGCAAAAUGUCUCACGCCAUACCCUCUGUGUCGGACGUUUGGAAUGCUUGAAAUUUGCAAGGAUGCUAAGGAAAGUAAUAUGGAACAGGUAUCUCCCUAUGAUGGUGCUAGCAAGAGGGUACUAAGCUCAGGUCUCAAGGCAAAGCAAUGCCAUUCUCUCCUGGAAGCUAUAGAGGGCUUAGGCCAGGCUGGUUCUAUGGAUCAAGAUGUGCGGGUGGUGGUCCAGAGGGUUUACUCCAUCCCUGCACCUACUGCAUCCAUUGCUAGCAUCAGAUUGCCCUUCAGAUCCUCCUCCAUUUUUCCUCCUGCAGAGCAAGGCAAACGCAGGCUUUGUCUGCUGGUCCAGGACAGCUUUGGGAUGUUCAGCGUGGUGCAGCUGCACAUGCUGGCCUGCUGGGACGAUUUAGGCAAGUACUGCCGGGCGUGGCGCGGGCGAAUCUGCGUUCUCAGAGGCAUCAAGGUGGUGCAGCGUGUCACUCGUGAAAGGCGCUCCAGUCUUUUCAGCUUGAUAGACAGUCUUUGGCCCCCACUGAAGCUUCCCCUUGAGUGCCAUGGGAACGCACCAAGCAUGGCCAGUAGCCGUCCUCCAAGCUUCUGCUACUUCCUGUCAGGUCAAGAGAACUCAGUUGAAUCUGUGGAAGAAGGUCCAAGCGAGUCCCUGCUGCACCUUCCGUCCACAAGGCAAAUGCUGCAAGACAUACUGCAAAUUGACCACAAAACAUGUUGCUGCAGUUUUUUUGCCACCGUUAUUUACAAGAGAAUACAGAGCAGCGAUAUAGGUCAGGGUGAGGUUUGGCUGGUGGUAACAGACCAAAGCCUGCAGGAUGCCUUUCCCAAUAAGCUCUGCAGGCGAACGGUGGCACUGCAUGUGAAUGCAUCCUGUGGGCUCAAUUCCCAUGUCCUACAAGCGUUGAAUGAUCCUGCUGAGUGCUGCUUGUCAUUCACAGAUGUCAUCAAGGAACACGGUGUUUUGCAGUGUGUGGAACAUUCCAUCAUUGAUGUCAUGGACUCCCCAGUCUCUCACUUGAUGCAGGAGCCCCCAGCCCGACCAGCGAAACUGGAUCUACUCGAUGUAGAGGUCACACCCAACUCGCUGUGCACUUUCACAGGUGUGAUUGUUGGCGUGGAUGAGACCACAUCUUACUCGUGGCCUGUAUGCAACUACUGUGAAAGCGACAAAUUAGAGACAAUACCUUUACUUGGGUUCCACUGUGGCUCAUGCAAGUCGACAGUAGACAAGCCAGUCAUUCAAGCGCAAAUGGAAGUCUUCCUGAGCUCUGCUUCUCUACAAAACUGCACGAUAAAGGUUAAGCUGCAGCAAAAAACAAUCAAGUCCCUUCUUGACACGGCCAUGGUGGAGCAUAAGACAGCGUAUCCAGAGUAUGAGGUGUCCAGUGUGCUGGGGAAAGAAGUGGGCCCCCUUACACUUUAUGUUCGCGUAGUCACCAGGAGACCUUCACUGUGGAUCAGCCUGGAAGAAAUAUGCCUCUGA